AAACCUGUUGGGCAAAAACCUGUUUCACAAACAUCCCUUAGUUGGAAAGAUUGCGAUUUUACUUGCCGAGAUGCACCCUCUUCAGCACCUAGCUGCUCAUCACUUGAAUCUCGUUGGAAUGCAUUUUUACUUAUUCAAUGUGCAACUGUUUUGAUGUCAAAUAAUUCUCAAAAUAUUGACCUAUUGAUGGACCUCGAGCAACUUGUGAUAAUGGAUAUUAUGGUUGUGAUGAAUGUUGUCAAACAUGCACAAGUUGUAAUAACAAUAGUUGCACUACAUAUAGUUGCAAAUGCUCGUAUUUAUGCUAUUUGGAGAGGUGAAACUAUAACUUCUGACAUUUCUGUGAAUUAUGAUCAGUCCCUAACGGAGUCACAAAAUUUUCUUACAGAACAUCCUAUUAUUCAUAAUACUUGCAACGAAGAAAAAAAUUCAUCCAUCAACAUGGCAAAUCGUAAUGAAAAUCCUAUCAUUGAUGAUAGUGCACCUCCUACUUAUGAAGAAGUAGUUGUAAUACCGUAA